GGCAAAUUUUAAGGUUAUGUGGUAUUUGGGUUCGUUUUCCUGCUAGUUUUUCUUAUUUUUUUUAAGUAAAAAGCGACGAGUGAGAAAUUUAAACGCAAUGUUGGCUCGAAAUUUGUAUAAAGUCACCCGAAGGUUAGUUACACCGAACUGUCGAGCUCACAUUCAAUCGAAUCCGAACGUGAAGCCCCUGGAUAACGUUAAGCCCGAACUGAUCAUAACGGACAAAUGCGUGCAACGCUUGAAGAAAAUUACCAGCGAUAACAACGAAGUCCUUAGAGUAUUAGUCGACGGCGGCGGGUGCUCUGGGUUCCAGUACAAGUUCGAUCUCGAUACGAAAGUCAACGAAGAUGAUAAGGUAUUCACCAAAGAUGGGGUUAAAGUAGUAGUGGAUUCGGUGUCUCUGGAUUAUAUUAAAGGCUCUACGCUGGAUUACGCGGAGGAAUUGAUACGAUCCUCUUUUAAAAUAGUAAAUAACCCUUUAGCAGAGCAGGGAUGUUCCUGUGGGUCAUCGUUUGCAGUACGACUCGAUUAGAAAUCCUGAACUAAUUUUGUGAUACUCAGUGUAAGGUGUGAUAUAUUUAUUAGGAUUAUUAUCUUGCGACUUAGCCAAUAAAAUACUGUUAAAGAUUUUUUUUAUUAAUUCAUACACAUAAGGUGGUUAAUUAAAUAAAU